AGAAAAAGAAGCUCAACAAGCAGCUCAGGAGGCAGCAAGGCGAGCAGGGGAAGGGGCCAGGCGGCGGUGCAGCCAUAACAUCGGAGGAUGGGGAAGACGAGGAUAUCGUGAUUGAGUACGUCUCAGCCCCCCUCGAUUUGGAAGCGCUAAGGGGCGACGCUGCAGCAACGUCAACGGCAGAUGAAGAGGAGGACCCAGACAGGCCGGGGCUCGGCUUGGGCUUUGGAGGCCUCGGGUUUACGCGCCCGGCGGAACCCCCGCCACAAGCCGGUCCAGACCCCUACGAGGAGUUCAAGAAGGUGUUUGAAAAGUUCGCCUCCGCAGAUGAGGUCACGGGAGCGAUAGAGGUGAAGGACGACGAUGAGGAUGACACGCGGGAUAAGGACGACCGAAGAGCGACCACCUCAGACCAGGAGAACGACGAGGACGAGGAAGGCGAGGGCGUGGAGGGCAAGCUGAGCAAGAAGAAGCUGAAGCUGCUCAACCGGUUAAAAGUGGCCGAGCUGAAGGCGGUGUGCGCGCGACCAGAGGUGGUGGAGGUGUGGGACGUCACGGCGCCCGACCCGCCGCUCCUGGUGUUCCUCAAGGCCUACCGCAACACGGUCCCCGUACCGCGGCACUGGUCCCAGAAGCGCAAGUACCUGCAGGGCAAGCGCGGCCUGGAGAAGCCGCCCUUCAAGCUGCCCGAGUUCAUCGAGGCGACCGGCAUCGCGGAGAUGCGGACCGCCUACCAGGCCAAGGAGGACGCCAAGAAGAUGAAGCAGAAGCAGCGCGAGCGGAUGGCGCCCAAGAUGGGCCGCAUGGACAUCGACUACCAGGUGCUGCACGACGCCUUUUUCAAGCAUCAAAAGCCGCCUCCGCUGACGGGGGUGGGCGAGCUGUACUACGAGGGCAAGGAGUUCGAGGCGCGCAUCACGCACUGCAAGCCCGGCGAGCUGUCGGAGACGCUGCGGGCGGCGCUGGGCAUGACGGACAAGUCGCCGCCGCCCUGGCUCAUCAACAUGCAGCGGUACGGCCCGCCGCCCUCCUACCCCAACCUCAAGGUUCCGGGCCUCAACGCGCCCAUCCCGCACGGCUGCAGCUUCGGAUACCACCCCGGCGGUUGGGGCAAGCCCCCUGUGGACCAGGACGGCAACCCGCUGUACGGCGACGUGUUCGGGGAGCAGCUGGACGGGGGGGACAGCGACGAGGAGGUGGACAAGGAGGCGCUGUGGGGCGUGAUGGAGGAGGUGGAGGAGGAGAGCAGCGAGGAGGAGGAGCAGGAGGAGGAGGAGGGCGACCAGCAGCUAGACGAGGAGGCCAUGUCGGAGGGCAUCGCCUCCGGUCUGGCCUCCGGCAUGGUUUCGGGGCUGGCCUCCGGCAUCGCCUCCUCGCUUCCCUCGGGCAUCGAGACGCCGGACACCAUCAACCUGCGCAAGGAGCCGGAGGGGCCGCGGCAGCUGUACACGGUUCUGGAGCAGAAGCAGGUGGCGGUGGGCGCCAGUGGCAUCAUGGGGACCGACCACGUGUACGUCAUCCCGGGGGCGGCCGCAGCGGACAAGCAGCAGCAGCCGGGCGGCAAGAAGAAGCCCGACUUCCUGAAGCACCUGGGCGCCGAUGUGGAGGUCACCAUCAGCCCCGAGGAGCUGGAGGGGCUCGACGAGGCGCAGAUCAAGGCGCUGUACGAGGCGCGUGUCGCCGAGAUGCGCUCCGCCAACCGGCGGGAGGACUUCAGCGACCUGGUGGCAGCCAAGGCGGCGCAGCAGAAGCGCAAGCAGCAGGCGGCGCAGGACUCCAAGGCGGCGAAGAAGGCGAAGGGCGGGGACACCUUCAAGUUCUAGUCGCGGGGUGUGGGUGGUUGACAGGUGGCUUUGCGGCGGCUGUUUGGUUGUCCCGGCCCGGGGGGAAGUGUUCCGCAACUGCAGUUCCCGGCAACAGGGGCGCUGCGCUGGGCCGUUUCUCGUGACGGUUGGCAGGGAUUACACAAGAGAUGAUGUUACAUACAAACAAAGUUGGAAGUACCAUCUGGUCCUCGGCGCUGUGCUCAUGGGUGGCACCGACCUGAGCAGUGAUUGCGAGGGGAGAGGCGCGUCGUGUGGUCGAGUUGCAUGCAAGCGUGUGAUGUGUCUUGGGUCGGCGCAGAGAAAGUAUAUGCGCUUCCUGCUGUUGCACUGGCUCUCUGUCAUCACAUCACUCUGCUGCAGUUGUAACGCCAGCCUGCGCCGGCAUUCCUUUGAAGGUAACGGGGC